AUGGAUGAUGUUAUCAUUGAAGAAAAAGAUAAUAAUAUUAAGAAAGAUCAGUUAGAAAGUGGAAAAUCAGACAAUAAAAACUUACUUAAUGAAAUUCAUGAAACAAGUGUACCUAAAAACUUAGUUUGUUUAAUUUGUUACGAUGAUAUUGAUGAAAAUAAUUACAUUGAAUAUAAAACAGAUGAGUUUAGUAAAUGGUAUCCCAGCUUAUUUUGUUUAAAUUGCACAAAUAUUUUAAUAAAAACACAAUAUCAUCAAUAUAUUAAUAAUGUUCAAAAAUCUGAAUGCUUAAGAGAACAAACAAAUUUGUUACAAAUGGGUCCACCUAUAAAUGUAAAAGAUAAAAAUGGUUUUCCUUUUUCAGAUGGCAAAGAAAUUUAUAGUUUGUGGUUUUUUUCUGAUAAGCAAAUACAUUCAGCAAAAUUGGAAGGAAGUUUAGUUGGUGAAGAAAGAAUCAAGGUGUGGAAUGAAUUAAAAAAAUUUCUUAUACAUGAUAAAACAAAUUAG